AUGGCUAAAAGAGUGAAUACUAAUGUGGCUCUUGGACAUGGAUUUAAUUUUAGUACCGUUGAAUGGACAUCCAAUGACUUCUUCUUCAAUGGGCUUCACCUAGCAGGCAACACAUCAAACCCCGCUGGUUCCCAGGUGAUCACUGCUAAUGUAGCACAAAUUCCAGGACUUAAUGUACUUUUGGUAUCUCCGAUCCCUUGUUCGUAUCGACUAUGCACCAUAUGGGGUAUCAAUGCUCCACACACUGAUCAUAGAGCUACUGAAGUCCUCACUGUCCUCAAAGAGGGUUUUGUCACCUCCAACCCUGAAAACCGUAGACUAAUCACGAAGGUGCUUCAGAAGGGUGAUGUGCUUGUGUUCCUCGUAGGACUUGUGCAUUUCCAGCACAAUGUUGGAAAUGGUAAUGCAAUCGCCAUUGCAGCUUUCAGCAGCCAAAACCCUGGUGUCACCAGCAUUGCCAAUGCAGUGUUUGGAUCAAAUCCGGCUGUCUCUGCUGAUGUUCAUGCAAAGGAUUUUCAAAUGGACCCUGAGAUCGUAAACUAUACUGUCGAGACAUGA